AUGUACGCUGCAACUUGCAAGGUACUUGAGUAUCUUAUUGUUCAUUCUCCAAAUGGAAGAUCUCGUGCUGAGGUUCAUGGUGUUUAUGAAACCAUUAAAAGCUUUGAAUUUGUAUUCUCAUUACAUUUAAUGCAUAAAAUUUUGGGAUUCAGCGACAUACUUUGUCAAGCUCUUCAAAAAAAAUCUCAAGACAUCCCGACUGCUAUCAAAUUUGUCUCCACUACAAAAGGUCUCCUUCAAGAAUUUAGACAAGAUGGUUGGGAGGAAUUUCUUAAUGCGGUGAAAACUUUCUGUUUAAGAAAUGAUGUUGAUAUACCCGACCUAAACUUGUUUUAUAAGAUUGGUCGUCCUCGUGAAGAAGUUACGCUUGAGCAUCAUUACCACUUUAAUGUUUUUAAUGAAGCCAUAGAUUUCCAACUGAUGGAGUUAAAUACAAGAUUUAAUGAACUAUCGGUAGAACUUCUUUCUCUCACUGUUGCUUUGGAUCCUCAAAAUUCUUUUGAAUCAUUCAAUGGGGACGAUAUUUGCAAGCUUGCAGAGAAGUUUUAA